AAAAAAACUCAUCGUAAGAUUAAGUUUAUUUAUCUUCCGGGAAGGAACCCCAAACUGUUUGUAUGAGUCAGACAUUUUAACAAAUUCCCCUUGGUUUAUUUUGUGACAUGUACAAAGAGGUAUUUCAGGUAUUGAAGUUACUGAAAACUGAAUACAAUUACAACAGGCAACAUUAAUUGUCUAAAAUAUGUCAGCGUGAGUGCCGAGUGAGGUUGAAUGCAAAUAGAUUAACACAAUGACAAAUGACGGGAGUCGCAGGAAAGGUCAGUGGACUGAGGAGAGGAAUAUUGGAUCAGGAGGUUUCGGGGCCGUCGCACUAUGGAAAAAUGUGCAAACUGGCGACUGUCUUGCCCUUAAAAAAUGUCGGCUUGCCAAUGAGAUGACGGAAAAGCACAAGAAACGUUGGCAAAUGGAAGUGAAGAUAAUGUCAAAACUCGACCAUGAAAAUGUGAUAGCAGGGCUGGAUGUUCCCAGCGAGUUAGAUGUGCGACCAAAUGAGCUACCUCUGUUGGCAAUGGAGUACUGCUCUGGUGGUGACUUGAGACGGAUACUAAACCAGCCAGAACAUUGCCUCGGCCUGAAAGAGUUUAGUAUUAGGUGUUUGACGAGGGACAUAUCAUCAGGACUCGAGUAUCUACAUGGGAACAGAAUCAUUCACCGUGACCUCAAACCAGAAAAUAUUGUACUGAAACCAGCAGAGGAAAGGGUUAUAUACAAAAUCAUAGAUCUUGGUUAUGCCAAAGAAUUGGACCAGGGCAGUGUGUGUACAUCAUUCGUAGGAACGCUGCAAUACUUGGCUCCAGAAUUGUUUGCCAGUCAGAAGUACACUUGCACAGUUGACUAUUGGUCGUUUGGGACAGUGGUGUUUGAGUGUAUUACUGGGUACAGACCCUUCCUGCCAGAUCUUCCGCCUGUACAGUGGCACAAGGAGAUCUGUAAGAAGUCCCCAGAUGACAUCUGUGCCAUUGUAGAUGACAAGGGAGAGGUCAAGUUCCACCGAACCAUUCCCUCCAAGUGCAAGCUCGCAAGAUCCAUGCAGGUGUACAUGGAGCAGUGGUUGAGGAUGAUGUUACGCUGGGACCCUAAGGCCCGAGGAGGAGGCCUUAACAAAGAGGGCCGCCCAGCUUGCUUCUCAAUACUUGACUCCAUCUUCAAUAUGAAGAUAAUCUACUUGCUCAACGUUGCCACCAAUGAGUUGGAGACAUAUCCCAUAGCUGACGCCCACAACAUGUCGGACCUUCAGAAACGUAUUGAACAAGAGACAAAUAUAUCUGUGGAGGAACAGGAUAUCGUCAUGGCCAACGGGAUGACACCUGACCCUGAUAAACCUGCAUCACAGUGCUAUCUUGAACCUUCAGAGCAGGACUGUUUUGUGUACCUGUUCCGUCAUGGGGGUGGGGACUUUCAGCCCGAGCAGUCCAUCAACAGACAGCUAAAGCAGGGCCUUCCCAAGUCCAUACAGACCAUUGUGAAGGACAUGAAAACCAUGCUGCCCUUUCAGGAGCAAAAAAGAACUUGGGCAGAGUCAGUUGUUUUCUGUGAUGAAGUUUUCCAGCUGUUUAAAAGAUUGGUUCUCAGUCAAAGAGCUAUUAUGUUAAGCUUGUUACGCAGUGAUUCACAGUUUGUCAGAAUGAAAAACAAAAUGAUUGCAGAGAAAGAGGUGUUAGCAACAAAAAUUAAAUAUUUCCAGGAAAGUCUGGAACAUGAUGUGAUGUUCUACAACGAGCAAGUGAAUAACGGUGGCGUCAGUUCUGAUCGAAUGUAUAGCAAAUGGAUGAGAAUGGCUCAAGAUGUGGACGAGUUUAAAAAGCUGGAACAGAGAGUAAAUGAUCUAGAAGCUCAUGCUGUGGCCUUACAGACAAGAAUUGUAGAACUUCAGAAGAGCCCCUUUGCCCGGACAAAACAGGAUGACACUCUUGAAGAAUUGGCAAAACAAGCAAAGAAAGUUUAUGAAGACUUCCGAAAGCAAGCCAGAGAGAAUCGUGAUGAGAUUCAUGACCACAAGCCGAUAGUGAACAUCAUUGUAAAGGCCGUGAUGUGGAGAGACAAGAAACUGCCAGACCUCUUCGCUCAUCUGGGGAAGAUAUGUGGCUGCAAAGCUGACUUGAAUACUAUGCUACCGCAGAUUGACAGCUGUGUUCAAGAGAUCACGAUCAACUCUAAGAAGAUCGUCGACUUCCAAAAACAGAGACAGACUGCUGUGUGGAGACUCGUGGAAAUAGCUGUACAACAGGGAAAAGGGAAUUCCCCCCUUGACAAUCAGGACAAUACCGACAUGGGAGACAUUCCAACCAUGUGUAGACAAGAUUUGUCCGGUAGUGGGAGAUCACCUGUGGGAAUACCACAGGGAAAUCCCUUUCCCGUUUUAAAUGCCUCUCCCAUGGGAACCCAAAUGGCUCCAAUGGGAAAUUUCAGCCAAUCGGGAAACUCAAGUAUGUUACAGUCACUGAUGAGCAGUACGUUGACAGACUCUGUACAGGCGCUAGAGGAAUCUAAAGUCACCAAUAAACAGAUGGAAACAGCACUUGGUGAAUUGUUUGAAGAACAGGAACAGUUUACUACAAAAUUGACCGAUAUUAACAAAACACUCCACGGCCGUGUUCCGAACAGCUAGUGUAUAAGGGCAGAGAGAUAUCUGUUGGAAAUUUUCAAAAACAUUUUUCUGUAAUGCAAUUCAGCAUAACAGACAUUAACACUAAAGUUUGAGAACAGCUAUUAAUGUAAGGCAGGGAAGUCUGUCUUAAAGUAUACUGAAUACUUUCUGUUUGAGCAGACAGUUACGUCCACAAAACCCAAAACAAAAAGACGGUGUUUAUAGAAAGCUGAUUUUGAGAUGGAUGUCAGGCUGUUCACCCUUGAAAUAGAACUGUAGAGUUCAUGCUUUGUGUGUUGAGCAAACAAAAUAGUGGUCUUAUAAAGCAUUAAUUGUAUGACGGGUUUCUGUCUUGAAAACUUCUCAAAAUUGUAUAUGAUAAGAUUGAGCCAAAAAUGGCAAAAAAACAACUCUCGAUUGCCAUUGGAAUGUCCCCAAUAGCUAGUGUUUUAGGACAGGGUGCUUUCCCUUGGAAUAUUUUCACUUCUAUUUUUAUGCAUCGAAAGGGCACCAUAUAGAAAUAGUCCCUUUGUCCAUCGGUCUGUCACCACGGUUUCCGAUCUAUAAUCUGUGACGAAGGGACCUCAAACAAGGUUUGCCAUGACCAUUAGAUGAAUCUUAUUGCUUUAUAGGUCAGUUGGUUAAAAGUCAACGUCGACGUGACAUUGAGUGAAAAUUUCGAUCAAAAAAUUUAUCAACGCUUGGGCCGAUGGACCUAACACUUCACAAUUUCUGUUUUAUGUUUUUUCCAAGGCAUUAAUAAAGCAACGAUAGUGUUGUUUCCAAACACCUAUUGCGUUUCGGUAGUGAAGUAUGUCUUGUCAUAGUAUGAGUCUCUUGGUAAGACAUCCAUAAUACCUUUCUAGGCAUUCUAGGCAUUCGUAUACUACCAAACACCUGCAUUUGCUUCAAAGGGGUCGCUCUAUACAUUGCAGUUAUAGCAGCCAUCGUUUGAUAAAUGUUUCAAUAUCUUUAUUAUUUCAGCAAUAACUGAUGUCAAUGAAAAAUGUUAUGAUCUUGAUUAAAGGGCAAUAAUUAAAUUAUCUAACCAAAUCAUGUAUUCGUAUUUAUAAUAUUUAUUACAUUUAAACAGACUUUCCGUGUCAUUUAAAGCAUUUUGUGAUAUAUUCAUGUUUUUUUUCUUUUGGUAACAACCAUAAGCUUUGUACAUGGCAUAACAUUGCAUUUAUUGUGAUACGCUUGUUAAACACAUCCCUUAUUUGAAGCCGUACACAUGGACGUGUUGGUAAAUGUGUCAUAUCGUAGUGCUUGUAAUUUUACUUAUAUUUGUAAAAUCCUACGGAGACAUUUCCAGUUGAUGUUAAAUUGAAGGUGUUCAGAAUUGAAAGUUGAAUUUGUUGCAAAAGUGCACCACAGUCCUUUUAGAAAUGUGUGCUUUCAGUUUCCGUUUGAACCUAUUGCUAUUUCUUUACAGCUGUGUUGAAUUGUCAGUCUUGAAUCAGAUUUGGACUCUUUUCAGGAUAACCAUCUUAAUAUUUUAUGACAGACGCAUUAGAGACUGUAUUCAGUGUUGAGGUUUGUGUACAAAGUUUAAUUGAUUUGUUUUAAUUAGUUAAUAUUAAGUGAGUUGAACAAAUGUAUAACUUCAUACCAAAUGCAAUUAUUAUUUUGGUGGAAGGGACAGACCCUUGAUUUAUUUUUUCUGUUUUUAAGUAUUCUUACAUAUCCUGAUGAAAUUAAUUUGAAAUGUAAUCUACUUACAUUCAAAACGUUUUCAAGACUGAUGUUUAAGAGUUUUCUGAAUACUGAAAGUUUUAUCAUUUUCAUAUUGACUGUGACUAAUGUUGAUCAAGUGAAUAAUUACAAAUAAUGUUUCCAAAAGAAUCCAGUCAUCUUUCAUUCUCUAAAUGACACAAAGGGUACGUGGUUUUAACAUCAGUAUGAACUUUAUGCACUUGCUAUAUUAAUAGAAUAUUGUUAUGUUAUUAGCUAAAUAUACUUUAAUUCUCAGCAUGAAUUUUUGAUGAAAAAUUCGUUGUACAUAAAUUUUUUGAAGAUUGUGUUUUAAGCCAGUGUGUAUGAUAGAAUAGAAUGUAUAAAAAAUUCGUAAAAAGUGUUUCACUCACAUUGUUUUUUAGCACUGUUGAUCAACAGUAGCGCUGUACAUUUGGUAUAAGUCUCUAAAAUACUUUACUGGUACGGCAAUCCAGUUGUUUUUAUGCUAUCAAAGACUGUACAACUGCCCUCUAUUUGCUAGUAUGCUAUAAAAUGUAAUACCGGUACAACUACCCUUCAUUUGUUAUUACUCUAUUAAAAGUAAUACCGGUACAACUACCCUCUAUUUGUUACUAUUCUAUAAAAUGUAAUACUGGUACAACUUUCCUUCAUUUGUUAUUACUCUAUUAAAUUUAAUACCGGUACAACUUCCCUUCAUUUGUUAUUACUCUAUAAAAUGUAAUACCGGUACAACUACCCUCUAUUUGUUACUAUUCUAUAAAAUGUAAUACCGGUACAACUACCCUCUAUUUGUUAUUACUCUAUAAAAUGUAAUACCGGUACAACUACCCUCUAUUUGUUAUUACUCUAUAAAAUGUAAUACCGGUACAACUACCCUCUAUUUGUUAUAAUGCUAUAAAAUGUAAUACCGGUACAACUGCCCUCUAUUUGUUAUAAUGCUAUAAAAUGUAAUACCGGUACAACUGGGCUCUAUUUGUUAUUAUUCUAUAAAAUGUGAUACCGGUACAACUGGCCUCUAUUUGUUAUUUUGCUUUAAAAGACUACACCGGCACUUCUGCUCUUCACUUAAAUGAAUGAAUAUGUAAAAAGACAAAAUCAGUACAACUGUUUUUCACUUUAAUGAUUGUAUGAAUACAACAAAUUGUUGGAUUUUAUUAAAACAAAUUUGAGCAUUGUUUUCAAGUUUGAGUUACCAUGUGUUUUUCACCAAUACUAAUAGUAUUUGUUAUAUUUAUAUGAAAUAAAGGAUGAUUAUCUUAAA